ACAUGACGUGAACAGGGUCGUCAGCCAAGAACAGAGGAAGUAACUUACUAGACUAAACUACUUUUUGUAUUGUACAAUCAUAACUGAAAAUGACUGGACCCCAACAUUUGAAUAAUAAUUCUUCCCAUACUUUUUCUGCAUUGUUAUCAACAAUGGAUAAGAAAUCAUUAUCAGAGUGCUUGAGGGACGGUUGGAAGUGUCUAGCAUCAGCUGUCGUUCAAGUUUUUAUUGCUCCAGCACCAAGUUACUCGCAAUGGACGAAAUUUUGUUGUGGAGUUGCUACACUGAUCAAAGAUUCUAACAAGAGAUCUUUUUAUAUUCGCAUUCUUGAUCUUAAAUCUAGAAGUGUAGUUUUUGAACAGGAAUGGUAUAGAGGAUUUGAAUAUCAAAGAAGUAAAAACGGAAAUCAAUUUCAUUAUUUUGCUGGAGAAGAUUGUCCAGUUGGAUUCAAUUUUGCUCAUAAAGACGAUGCAAAUAAUUUUGCAAGUGCUAUUGAUAAAAGAGUGGAAGAACAAAGAAAAAGAAAAGAGAGUACGUAUUUGUUUGUUUGGCCUCUCAUAUAAGUUAUAUUAUUUUUCGAAAAAUUUUUUUAGAGCAAGAAAGAGGUUAUAUAAAAAAAUAGACAAAUAUUUUAUAAAUUAUUUAUCCAUGCUUUACAAUUGUGCUUGUAAUCCUACUUAUUACCGUCAGUAUUUAAGAUACAACCUCCAAACAAAUUUGGAAAAUAUCGUUUAUAAACGAAAUUCUACUUAGAAUAUUCGGUAUUUUAUUUAGAAUACUAUCCCGUGAAUUUACCUUUUCGUAUCUAUAAACAUAUAAGAAUGUGAAUUACAUACAGUAUAUAAUAAUGCUUUAAACUAAUUCCUACAACCAAUUAUUAGGAAUAAAAAUUCCUUUUCGUGUUAUAUUAACUAUACCAGCACUUGAAAGUUAAUUCACUUUUAAUUUUUUCAGAUCGAAGAAAGCAAAUGGGAAACGGAAGCGUUCAGAGGCAGACUAUUAGUUCUCCAGCUCCUUCCAUGCAAACGAUGACAACUAGCUCAUCAUUCGCUGAUAAAAAGAAAUCCAAGGGAAGAAAAAAAGUCGACAAGGCAUCAAUUAGCAAUCCAACUGACUUCAAGCAUGUACAGCAUGUUGGAUUUGGAGGUACUCCUGGUACUGACACUAUUAGUGAGAAAACACUUGACUUGAAUGAUCCAGCAAUUAGGCCUCUACUUAUGCGGGCUGGAAUAACAUCAAUUGACAGUUGUGAUUCUGACACCAAAAAACUAAUCUGUCAAGUCAUUGUGCAAAAUGGAGGGUUUGAUGCUGUUCAAAAAGAUAACCAACAGUUUCAGUAUCAAACUCGAGUUAAUGAACCAGCUAUAGAUAGAACGCGUGGGAGUUGGUCUAACCAUCAAAGCCGACCAGCUCCGAGUGUCCCAAUGCAUACAUCAAGUAGCAGUAGAGCUGCUCCGCCUCCUCCACCCCAACCUAUGCCCAGUAUGAAAUCAGAACAUGCUCCUCCUCCACCGCCUCCCAGGCAGCCUGCACCAACACCGCAAAUGAAACAACCGACCAAACCAUUACCAACAUUGCCCCAGUCUGUGCCGCCAACGCCUCCAAAGCCAACACCUGCUCCUCCUCCUCCUCCUCCACCUUCGCAGAAACAUGAAAGUCGAAAUGCGUAUUCUGCCCCUCCUGCGCCAGCACCACCACCACCUCCACCUCCAGCUAACAUUCCAACUCCACCACCGCCUCCUCCCCCAGCACCAGUUGCUCCGCCGAUGGGUACUCCAGCGGCGGCUCCCAUGGCACCUGCUCCAGAUAAUUCUAGGGCCAACUUGAUGGAGCAAAUACGGUCCGGCGUGUCUUUAGAAAACUCAAAUAAGAGGGAAGAGCGUCCUCCAAUGCCUGCACAGGAAGAUCCUAGGGCUAACCUAUUAAGUGCAAUUAGAGCAGGACUUACACUGAAGCAUGUGGAUGAUGAAUCGAGGCCGGUGUCUUCACCUGAGCAACCUGCAGGUCUUGCUGGUAUAUUAGCAACUGCUCUACAAAAUCGAAUGGCUAAAACUAAGAAUGAAUCUGAUGACAGUUCCGCAGAAGAUGAUGAUUGGGACGACUAGAAAUAUAUCUAUGAUAACAUUUUAGAAUUGAGCUUACUUUUAUAAAACCAUAAGGGAUGAUUCCAUUAAAGUGUAAAUUACGUCAUGUGUUCGAAUUCACUCGUAAUAAAUUGUGCUAUUCCUUUUUGAAGUGAGGUUUGAGUGAUCACAUUCCGUAAAUAGCUAUUUAAUUGCAAUUUUGAUUUAUUAAAUAUAGUAUUUUAUCUGUAAAAUUCCUUGACGUGAAAGAAAAUGCAUAUUCAAUACAUGUAUUUUUUAUAAAUGUAUUUCUAUGUAUUUUCGCAUGAUGUAUAUUGUAUAUAUACUAUAAAUGCUUGUUUCUCUAUGUCUAUAUUGGUACAUGAUUGAAGUUUUGCUUUCUUUCAAUUAAAAGACUUAACAUUGGACUUCUUAAAAUUAUGUUUUAAAAAAACCAAUAAUCUCACCUUAUGUGAGAUAUAUAUACAGUAUAUAUAUA